AUGAGGCGCAACGGUCGUCACUCUGUUGGUGUUGAUGGUUCAGCAGCUACUGACGAGGACUCCUUGACCAAGGCCAUGCGUAGGACGGCAUCCCGCAACCUCGACUUCGGAGGGCAGAGACGCCACCGGCCGGCCACCGCCCUCUCUGUCACUGACAUCUCCAUGUGCCACGAUCACUGCAUGUCCAUAAGUGAGGAUUCUUUGAGGAGGUACGUGAGCUACGCUAGCGAGAGCUGCAUCCAGGAGCUGCUCGCGGCGUCGGACUCCGGUGGCGCUGGACGGGGCGGGGAAGGAAGUGGAGGAGGCGGCGAGGAGGAUGACGGGUGGCAGACGCUGGCGUACUGCAACGGCGUGGAGAUAGCGAAGCGGCGGUCGGGGACAGGGCAGAUGUUCCGGAGCCGGUGGCUGCUCUACGCCGUCUCGCCGGAGCAGUUCAUGGCCGUCGCCAACGCCGUCGAUGCCGCAAAGCAGUGGGAGUCUGACCUGGUCGACGCGACAUACAUCAAGGAGCUGGGCGACGACCUGAGCAUCAUCCACCUCAAGUUCGGCGACACCUCCAAGCGGCCGGCCGGCCUCUUCCGCCGCCGAGACCUCGUCGUGUACGAGCGGCGCCAGACCAUGGACGACGGCACGCUGGUGGUGGCCGUGGCGUCGCUGCCCAAGGAGAUCGCGGCGGGCCUUCUGCCGCGGGACUCCAAGGGCCGGAGCUCUGUCGGCCGGGGCCUGCUCCUGCAGUCCGGGUGGGUCGUCGAGAAGCUCCUUGACGACGACGGCGUCGAGUCGUGCAUCGUGACCUACGUGGUGCAGCUUGACCCGGCGGCGGGGUGGCUGCCCCGGUGCAUCGUCAGCCGGCUCGACAACAAGCUGGUCACCAUCAUCGCCAAGCUCAAGAAGCUGGCGCAGACCACUACGUGCCCGUCAGCACCACCAGCCGCCCGUAGUUGCAACUCCGAGGAGAAUUAA